UGUCUUUUAUAUCCUUGGAGAUUCUGAUAAGACAGAGGCUGGGAGAUUUAUUUGGUUAAAAUUCAUUUCAUAAAUCAUACCUUGGAAUCCUCUCUCGUGUGCGUAGAGCAACUUCGUCGCCUCUACGGGCAAUCUUUCAUAAUUCUCCGUGUUCUUGAAUCACACCAAUCUUGAUUGCGACGCGUCAAGGGAUGGCUGUCACUGUUCGUCAAAUGUCUCUGAUUGUUGCGACUCUAGGGGCCAUAUCGUUCAUUUUUGGGAUAAUCGCCGAAAAUAAGAAGCCUGCUGCUGGAACUCCCAUCACUGGUAAAGGUGUUGUUAUUUGCAAGUAUCCAUCCGAUCCUACUGUUGUCUUGGGAUAUCUCUCUUUCGGAUUUCUCGUAGCAUCUGCGGUGGCCGGUUUUCUCUCUCUAUUUUAUCCUUACAAAGGGAAAUCUGUUCCGCAGUCUGCAAUUUUUCGAAGUACCAGUUUCCUUGUAUUCUUCAACAUUGCCUUGUUUACGGCGGGAUUAGCAGCUGCUUUAUUGUUAUGGCCAACAAUCACAGAGCAUUUUCACUUGAAUCGCAAAGUUCAUCACAAUCUUGAGACAGAUUGCCCCACUGCUAAGACUGGUCUACUGGGUGGUGGUGCUUUUAUUUCUCUCGAUUCAACCCUCUUUUGGCUAGUUUCCCUUAUGUUAGCUGAUAAUGCCCGCGAGGACUACUUUGACGAGGUAGAGAAAGAUUACAAGGGUGAACAUGAGCUGGUUGUUACAGAUGAUUACCAUGUACCUGCACACCUCAAGGGCGCUGCAUAAAAGCAAAAGCAGGAUGGCUUGAAUUGAAGUAUCUUUGUUUUUAGAAAUUUCCUAAUCACAUGAAUAAUUCAGUUGUCAUAAAGACUAAAGAGGCAACUCUACAAAAUUGGA